CCUCUGCUGUGCUGUGGAUCCCCACACUUCAAAUCUUUCAAUCUUCACUAUUUAUUUUGUAAAUAUUUGUCCUUCUGUCUUUGGAAAUCUAGCUAGCUUUCAGACAACUUUUUCAACAGCUAUCUCUCUCUAGGAGUCUAACUCACCAUUCACCUCAGUCAGAGAAGAGAAAGCUCUUGUUUAUAUCUUGUUUUCUGCUUACCCUUUUUAGAUUUCUUCUUCUAGUUGGUGGGUGCUUUCCAAUUUUUUUCAUCGUUUUUUGGAUUAGAAUGUUUUAAUGAGUAUAAUUAUUGGAGUAGUUGUUGAUUCAAGAUUGCAGAUUGAUAGUUAGUUUGCUGCAGAAGCUUGAGAUCUGUGUUCUUUGAACUUGGACAACUUUUUCUAAUCUCCUUUGAUCUUUACUUUCCUGUAAAGUCCGAUUCUUUAUUUUUUUCGUACCGUACAGCUGAAGAAAUCGCAGUAUUAUUGUUUUUAGUUUUUUGGUUAUACAAGGUAAGAAAUGUCAAAGCUAUUUCAUUGAUGAUUGAAAAACUAGAAAAUACUGAAUUUUAUGAAGAUUGAGGGAGAUUGGUUUGUUAGAUAUUGAAAUCUAUUGGAUCUUGAAUAGUAGAAUAUUGGUUUGUUUAUAUUUAAUGAUUUGUUUUUCGUUGUGGAGUUUUCUUGAGGUGAGUUAGAAAAGGAAACUUGGGGUUCCAGGAAUAUAGUUGUUUUCUUUACUUCUUUGUUUGUUCGUUGAUUCUAUGAAUGAAUUAGAGAAACAAUUACUUGGAUGCAAUGUUAAGGGUAUUAAUUUUUGGAUUUUUGAUUUAUUACCUUGGCAUCUAUGUUUCUGCCACUGAUAAUGAGUAUCCAAGUUGUAAUUGUGACGAUGAGGGUCAUUGGAGUAUACAAACAAUUCUUGAUAUUCAGAAAGGGAGUGAUUGCUUGAUAGCAAUAGCCUAUUUUUCGAUACCAAUUGAACUCCUUUACUUUGUUAGCUUUGCAAAUGUACCAUUCAAAUGGGUCCUCUCAUUGUUUAUAGCAUUUAUUGUUCUUUGUGGAUUGACCCAUUUGCUCAAUGCCUGGACUUUAUAUGGCCCUCAUUCAUUCCAGUUAAUGCUGUUCCUCACAAUUGCUAAAUUCCUUACUGCUCUGGUAUCAUGUGCUACUGCUAUAACCCUUUUGACUUUGAUCCCUCUCCUUUUGAAAUGGAAAAUGAGGGAGUUUUUUUUGAAGCAAAAUGUGAUGGAAUUAGGGGAAGAAGUUGGGAUGAUGAAGAAGCAGAAGGAAGCAAGUUGGCAUGUCCGGAUGCUAACCAGGGAAAUUAGGAAGUCGCUUGAUAAGGAUACUGUAUUAUACACCACUUUGGUGGAGCUUUCUAAGACUUUGGAUUUACACAAUUGUGCAAUCUGGAUGCCUAGUGAGAAUAGAAUGGAGAUGAACCUCACCUAUGAGUUAAAAGCAAGAUCUUCAAAUAAUUUUCACCUUUCUAUCCCAAUUGAUGAUCCUGAUGUGCUGAAGAUUACAGAGAGCAAAGGAGUCUGCAUUUUGAGGCCAGAUUCAGCACUUGGACUUGCAAGUUGUGGUGGUUCUGAUGAUUCAGGUGCUGUGGCAGCAAUCUGGAUGCCAAUGCUUUGUGUUUCAAACUUUAAAGGGGGAACACCAGAAUCGGUUGAUACUUGUUACACUAUCCUUGUUUUGGUUCUUCCAAGUGCAGGUUCUAGGGUUUGGAGCAUUGAGGAAAUGGAAAUAGUGGAAGUGGUUGCUCAUCAGGUAGCUGUAGCUCUUUCCCAUGCUGCAGUUCUUGAAGAAUCUCAGCUAAUGAGGGAGAAACUAGGUGAGCAGAAUCGUGCAUUACAACAGGCUAAAGAGAAUGCAAUGAUGGCAAGCCAGGCAAGAACUUCCUUUCAGAAGGUGAUGAGUCGUGGGAUGAGAAGACCAAUGUACUCUAUUUUGGGCCUGCUUUCAAUGUUUCACAAUGACAAUAUGAGCUUUGAGCAGAAGAGUAUUGUUGAAACCUUGGUUAAAACCAGCAACGUUCUCUCAACUUUGAUUAACGAUGUGGUGGAUAUUUCAGAUAAAGAUGAUGGAAGGUUCCCAUUAGAGAUGAGGCCUUUUCGGCUGCAUUCCAUGCUGAAGGAAGCUUCUUGUCUUUUUAGGUGUUUGUCUCUUUAUAAAGGCUUUGGCUUUGGGCUAGAUGUUCAGAGCUCCUUGCCUGAUCAGGUUAUAGGUGAUGAGAAACGAACUUUUCAAGUGAUUCUGCAUAUGGUAGGGUAUCUAUUCAGCAUCUAUGAGGGAAGGGGAACUGUUAUUUUUCAUGUGUUCUCAGUGAGUGGUAAUGAGGACAAGAAAGAGAAGAUGUUGGUAAUGAGGAGACCAAGCAUACCAGACAACUGUGUUAAUAUAAAGUUCGAAGUCGAGAUUAAAGAAGUUAAUUCUCAAUCAGAUGGAUCACACUCUACCAAACUUUUGCCUGGCUGGGGGCAGAACAGUAAUGAAAUUAAGGAGGGCCCGGGCUUCAACAUGUGCAAAAAGCUUGUGAAUAUGAUGCAAGGUAAUAUAUGGAUGUCAUCAAAUCCACAGGGUCUUGCACGGAUGACACUAGUUCUCAGGUUUCAAAUCCAGCCAUCAUUUGUAAGAUCCGUAAUUGCCCAAGGAAAUUCCUUAGAGCAAUCAGAUUCCUAUCCUCAGUUCAAAGGCCUUCGGCUAGUUCUUGUUGAUGACGAUGAUGUAAACAGGACAGUGACCAAGAAGCUACUUGAGAAGCUAGGUUGUGAAGUAAUUGCUGUUUCUUCAGGGUUUGAAUGCCUUAGUGCACUUACUGUGUCUGGAAAUUCUUUUAGAAUUGUUGUUUUGGACCUUCACAUGCCCGAAAUGGAUGGAUUCGAAGUAGCCAUGAGAAUCCGGAAGUUUCGAAGCCGUAAUGGGCCAUUGAUUGUAGCCCUGACCGCAAGUAGCGAGGACAAUGUAUGGGAGAGAUGCUUGCAAGCAGGAAUGAAUGGAUUGAUUCGAAAACCUGUCCUCUUACGCGGGAUGGCAGAGGAACUUAGAAGAGUUCUACAAGAAGCAGGUGAACGGGUGUAAAGAGGAAGAUUAAAAAUUUUCUUCCUUUCGAUAACUCUAGAUGUAUUCGAGGGUCUUCAAUCAACGUGCCUACAAAGCCUCAACGUAUGGAUGUUAAACUUGGCAUUCACAUCUGUUAUACAAAAUUGUACCUAUUAAAUUUUGCUAACCAUCGGCUUCAAUAGGCAGCAUUUUUAGAACUACUUAGAAUGGAUAAUACCAUGAUGUAAAAAAACUCACAUGCUCAAUUGAUAGUAAGAAACUUUAAUAAAAAUUUCACAG